GUUAUAUGAUAUACAAUAAAUAAAUAUCCUUAUACAAUCUUAGAGUUUCUAUCAAAAUUGUAUGAAUUCAUAUUUUGGAUAAUUUAAGUUAUAUAGCUUGUGUUUACUUGAAUAUUCUCAAACUGCUUUAAUUUUCAUUAUAUUUUGUGAUGAAAAUGCACCUUUUCUCUACCAAUGCUAACGUAAUUUUAUCACGUGAUUUUCCCACCAUGCAUUACAACGAAGAUUUCCCGCCAAAUCUAGUUGUAUCGGACGCCAACAAGUGGUGGUCUUGCUGACAGUUGUGAUCCAUCGAGUUGUGAUCAUUGUCCUGCUUGUAAGAGUAGAGUGUAUCUCAUUGGAGUUAAAAUACGUGAAAAUUGAUCUCUUAAAUAUACCUGUUUAGACAAGCAAAUUAAAAUAAUAGUUAUAUCGUGUACAAUUUUAAAGUUAAGUUUAUCAAAAUGUAUGUAAAAGUAAGAACAAUGGAUGGUAAACAGGAAGCAAUAUUAACAAUUUCUAAAUUAACUGAAGUUGAAGAUUUUAAGCGUGAAAUAGAAAAGGAAUUAUCAAUAGAAGUUGAUAUGCAACGACUGUUCUUCCGUGGUAAACAAUUAGAAAAUGGUUAUAAAUUACAUGAUUAUAGUAUUAAUUUAAAUGAUGUUAUACAAUUAAUGGUAAAAGUUAAACUAGAUAAUAUAGAUAAUAAAGAAAAAAAUAAUAAAGAUAAUGAAGAUAGUAUUAAUAAAAGCAAUAAUAAUAAAGUCAAAGAAAAUACUGAAGUAGAAGUUAUUGAAGAAGCAAAUUUGGAAGAAGCAGAAAGUUUAUAUUAUAAAACUGGAGAUGCUGUUGAUUGUCUUGAUCAAAUACAUGGAGCUUGGUUUGAAGCAAUUAUAAAGAAAAUAUUUAAGCAAGACGAAAAGAUUAUUUAUAAUAUGCAAUGGGAAUUUGAUAAUCAUGCACCUGCAUUUAAUGUACCUGAAGGAUCUAUUAGACCUCGUGCUAGAAAACUUAUACCUAUUGAGGAUUUGCGAAUAGGUCAAAAAGUAAUGGUAAAUCAUAAUGUUGACGACCCCAAAGAGGUAGGGCUUUGGUAUGAUUUUACAAUAAAAAAAAUUGAAAAGAAAAGAAAAUUACAAGAAUUAACUGGAACUUUAUAUAUUGGCAGAGAUAAUCAACUUGAAGGUCAUAAAAUAAAUCCUAAAGAUGGAGUAUAUAAUAUAGAACCUCCAAAACUUUUAUCCGAAAGAACAUCAAAGGAAGAGAACUAUACAAGUAAUGGUACACGAAGACGUGUUGCAGCUUCUUGCACUAAAUGUAUGGAUGAUCCUAAUCAAGAAUGUAAAGAAUGUGGAUGCAGAGUUUGCGGUGGUAAAGAAGAUGAACAUAAUCUACUGCUUUGCGAUGAAUGUAAUUUUGCAUAUCAUUUACGUUGUUUAAAUCCACCUUUAAUAUCAAUCCCAGAAGAGGAUUAUUGGUAUUGUCCUGAAUGUAAAAAUGAUGAAAAUGAAAUUGUUAAAGCAGGGGAUAAAUUGAAACAGUCCAAGAAGAAAACUAAUACUAAUGAAAGUAGUAUAAAAAGAGAUUGGGGAAAAGGAAUGGCUUGUGUAGGUAGAACAAAAGAAUGUAGUAUAGUUCCACCAAAUCAUCGAGGUCCUAUACCAGGUGUAGAAGUUGGUACAUGUUGGAUAUACAGAGUACAGGUUUCUGAAGUUGGUGUACACAGGCCACAUAUAGCUGGAAUACAUGGUCGUGAAACUGAUUGUGCAUACUCAAUUGUCUUAUCUGGAGGUUACGAAGACGAUAUUGAUAAUGGAGAUGAAUUUAUGUACACUGGUUCUGGAGGCAGGGAUUUAUCUGGAAAUAAGAGGACUGCUGGACAAAGUUGUGAUCAAACAUUAACAAGGAUGAAUAAAGCUUUAGCAGUAAAUUGUAAUGCUAAACUUGAUCCAGUAAAUGGAGCCACAGCUGAGGAUUGGAGAGGUGGAAUCCCUGUAAGAGUCGUACGCAAUUUUAAACUUGCAAAACAUAGCAAAUAUGCACCAAAAGAAGGUAACAGAUAUGAUGGCAUAUAUAAGGUAGUCAAAUAUUACCCAGAUACGGGUAAAAGUGGUUUCCGUGUAUGGAGGUACUUAUUACGCAGGGAUGAUCCUGCUCCUGCUCCAUGGACUCGAGAAGGUCAAGCAAGAAUAAAUGCACUCGGUUUAAAACCAUUAUAUCCUGAUGGUUAUUUAGAAGCAAUGAAAAAGAAUCACCCAAAUAAAAAACGUGUUAUUGAAUUGGAAGAUGAAGAAUUACUUAGUUCUAAAGAGAUUGUACAAAUCAGGAAGAAACAGAAACGUGAAAUUUAUAUAUUGGACAGUAAACUUAUAAAAUGCAUAGAUGAAGAUACUGCUAAUGCAAAAAUUUGGGGUGAAUGUCGUUUAGCUUUACCAAAUGGAAAGGCCGCUUUUCUACAACGAGUUUCAGAAAGAUUUACUUGUGUUUGUUGUUUAGAAGUCGUUAAUAAUCCUGUAACUACACCUUGUGCUCAUAAUAUUUGUCUUACUUGUCUAAAACGAAGUUUUUCAUCUGGAGUUCACAAUUGUCCUUCAUGUCGUCAUAAUAUGGAGAAGGAUUAUAAAAUGGAUAUUAAUGAGUCUCUUGCUUUAGCAUUGUUAAUGCUUUACCCAGGUUACAAUGUUGGCAGAUAGCAUCAUGAGUAUAAAAAAUAUAAUAGAGGCACAGAUACAAAUAAUUAAAUUUAUUGCUUUUAUAUACCAUAGAAUAUAAUGUAUCAUAUGGAUCCAAAGCAAAGUCUUAUUUGAAGAGAUAUUAGGACAAAAUAAUUAUUAUAUUAUUAGGAGAAUUGGUUACACAUUACUAAGGUAGUUAUGUUAAAAGUAUAAUUACACAUGCUGCAAAGUAUAAAAAGAUUUUGACAAAGCAAACAUUUUUAUAAUUAUUUUCAAAAUAUGAUCAAUUAUAUAUUUGGCAUCACACAAUCAUUAUAAAGGUCAUUGAUUUAAUUCAAAAUCACUUCUUGUAGAAUAAUUAUUGAAUUAACUUCAUUAAAUAUAAAUUACUUAAAAAUAUGUGUGUGCCUUAUAGAAUUAAAAAAGAACUAUUUAGUAUAACAAUAAAAUGGGAUAUUAGAAAAGUUUUAUUUAUGAUUUAUUUCUAAUACCAUUUAAUUAAAUGAUUGAUAGUGAAAUUACUUUAAAACGAAUUUACAUUUAUAUUAUUUAUAAGAUAAUUGUCAUUAAUGUAAGAAGGUAAUCAAUUGAUAUUAUGGCUGUUUGUUUUUGUUAUAUCAAUAUCUUCUGUUUGGGAUAAGCAUAUUCAUAUAGUGGAUAAUAUGAUUAUCAUCAAUAGU